GUUUUGUCCCAACAAGUUUUACCUGUUUGGCACGUCUGCCUGAGGAUAAUAGGUACAGCUGAAGCACACCACCUCUCAGCGCGGCAGAGUUGCACAUACGACCGAGGAGAAACCAGUGUUCUCUGAAUGGCUGACGAGCACACAUCAAGAGAUAGUAGGAAUGACUUCAGUAGUCCUCUGUUGGAGCCGGAGGUUUGUACAGCCGGUGAUUCUACCGAAGAGGAGCCGGAAGACCAGAAACUGUGGCCCAGUUGUUACUACACACAUUAUGUUGUCAUUAAGUACAAACAGUUUCCCCUUCACGCUUAUAGACCUCUGGCUCGAAAAUGGAUCCUGACGCUGUUUAUGGGCACCUGCCUCCUCUACUGUGCCAGGAUGGCCAUGCCAAUCUGUGCAGUGUCGAUGGCCGCCACUUUUCACUGGAAUAAGAUCGAUUCUGGACUGGUUCUGGGUGGAUUCUUCUGGGGUUACUGUUUCACACAGAUCCUGGGAGGACAUGCCAGUGACAAAGUGGGAGGAGAGCGUGUCCUGUUCAUCUCUGCGGCCUCCUGGGGUCUGAUCACAGCUGGUACUCCUCUUCUGGCCCAUCUAGGCUCUCACACCCUCGCCCUCAUGGCGAUGGCCAGAUUCCUCAUGGGACUACUGCAGGGGGUUUUUUUCCCGUCUCUGGCCAGUCUUUGCUCACAGCGUGUAGGGGAAGGCGAGAGAGGGUUUUUAAUGAGCACCAUGCACAGCGGUAGCCAUCUUGGGACAUUGCUAGCAGGUGGGAUGGGGUCUGUGAUGCUGGAUGAGUACGGCUGGGAAAGCAUGUUCUACAGUACUGGUUUCCUGUCCGGACUCUGGGCGCUCGUUGUCUGGCAGUGUUUCCUAAAAGGCGAAGUUGUCCCCAAGCAGAUGAAAUUGAGUAAUGACUCACAAUUGAGUGUGUCAAGAAAACGCUGGCUCAGUCUUUUUAAGAAGCCACCCGUCUGGGCCAUGGUGUUUGCUCACAUGUGCAUGUGCAGCACCUCCUACACUUUACUGUCAUGGUUGCCAACAUACUUCAAAGAAUCCUUUCCACAUGCCAAGGGAUGGGUGUAUAAUGUAAUUCCAUGGCUUGCUGCAAUCCCAUCAGCACUUGGUGGAGGAUAUGUUUCAGAUUUUCUUAUCAACCAAGGAUAUGGUGUAGUAACUGUGAGAAAGAUAAUGCAGUUCUUUGCCAUGGGCGUAUCGAGUAUAUUUAUCAUGCUUCUGUCUGGAGCUGUCACAUUUCCCUCCGCUGUGAUUUUCGUCUCUGCUGCUAUAUGUUUAUCCACCUUCACCAGCUGUGGUGUGUCAGUGAACGUACAGGAUCUCACCCCAUCGCGUGCCGGUGCCCUCUAUGGUUUCAUGAAUAUGCUGGGUGCUUUUAUGGGACUGGUGUUGGUCUCGCUGUCGGGUUACCUGAUUGAGGUCACGCUGUCGUGGGCCACCGUGUUCUCCCUCAUCAUUUUAGUAAAUGCCACAGGCCUUGGGAUUUUCCUCAUCUUUGGAGGUGGUCAGCGUGUCGACGUGGAAGAUUACAGCCAGGUUAUUGUGAUUUGACCCAGACCCUUUUGUCUGUAUCCGAUCUGGGAGACAGGGCAUUAUAUUUAAAUCUCUAUCCGUAGUAUAAAUAAAAGUGGAAGUACUGCAGACUUCCUCUUGAAAAUGAAGGAACCUGAAUAUUCCAGGCAAGUUUUAGUUCUGUUGUGUUUACUGUAAGGCAAGUUUAUUUAUAAAGCACAUUUCACACACACACACACACACACACACACACACACACACACACACACACACACACACACACACACAUACACACACAGGCAACUCUAGGUGCUUUACAUAAGGACAAAGACACAAGUAAGAGAGGGGGCAAGACCUAGUUUGUGAAAAUUUAACAGCGAAUGCAGUUUUAAUUAAAAGGCAGUAAUGAACAUAAAAGCCUGUUUUUAAUACUACAAACAGUCUCUGUUCAGAUUAGUGACUAAAUGCAGCCUCACCAUGUUUUGUUCUGACUCUGGGGACAGUUAGCUGACCUGUUUCGGAUGACGUAAGAGACCUGAGGGGUUCACAUGGAAGAAGUAGGUCAGAAAUGUAUUCAGGCACUGAGCCAUGAAAUGAUUUAUCGACAACCUGCAGUAACUUAAAGUUGGUUCUAUAAGUGACGGUUAAACCUGGUGCAGAGACCUGGGGGCUGGUGUAAUGUAAUCUUAUAAUGUGACCUGAGAAAAGACACUGUCUGCUAAAUGUGACUGCAUUGUGCAAAUGUGUAUGACAUAUGAAAUUCUGAUUUACACACAGAAAUGUUUACAUUAAUGACUACAUGCGAGCUGCUGGUGACUGUACAAUGCCACUCGUUAAGAGAUUAAUUAUAUUAUAGCCUAUAAUUUAACUCUAUACCAGGGCAAACUGAGACGAGGUAAAGAAUCUCUGUUGAGUUAUUCGUUGUUAGGUUCAAUUCAAUUGUAUUUGUAUAGCAGCAAAUCACCGUUCUAGAUGUAGAAAGACCCAACAAUUACCACCAUGAGUAAACACUUGGCAGCAGUGAUAAGGAAAAACUUCCUCUUAAGAGGCAGAAGAGGCCGUCUGCCUCGACCAGUUUACAUACUUUACUUUUUAAAAAGGCUAAACCAUUUCAUGUAAAAAGCCAAGUGCUGUAGUUUAUAAUAAACGUACCUCAAACAGAAGUAAAAAAAAUGUUUGUUUGGGAAUGUUUUCUGCUGUAGAUUUGGUGCUCUAGUGCAACGUUUUACACCGCGUACCACCUCAGAACAUAUUAGGCUCUCCACCAUUAUGACGUUCAAAUACAGUAGGGUAGUCCGACCCUAUUCAGUGCCCGCCUGUUGUUGAAUCCUGUUAACGGGACUACGUAGCAGGCUGAUAUUUAAACAAACGGCGUUUCCUGGAAUUUGUUGACAAUAAGAAAAACUUUACUCAUCAGAGACCAGACUUUGCCCAUCAUGCCACCGUUUGCCAUAGAAGUUUUGACUGAACGUCUACUGUUAAGAUUCCUCACUUACAGUAAACAAGUUUGUUUUUUAUUAUAUUUUAUUAUAUUAUCUGUUAGUCCUGUGUUUGGUUUGAUAUUAGCCGAAAUGUUCAAAAGUGCAGUGGCAUUAAUACACCAGGUUGGAAACAAUCUCGUGUCAUGACAUGCAGUUUGCUUGAAGCGGCUUCACACUUGACUUAAAAUAUUUUAAUGUAGCUCUGGUAUGUUUAUUUAUAAUCACAUUAUUAUACAUAUUUAUUCAACUGAACACUCUUUUUUUUUUUUUUAGAGAGAGUGGUUCAGUUUUUACGGUAUUGUAAAGUUUAUCUAUGGAUUGUGUUUGUAAACUGUCACAUAAUAUGUCAAGAUGUUAAUGAAUGACCUUGUUUAAGACACAAAAAUACUAUUUUUAACAAAAUAA